CCCGCCCUCUGCUUUGGCUCCGGGAUUUGGGGCGCCGCUUGUGGAGUCCUGAGCCUGAACCCGGAGUGCAUCUCCGCGUUGCCGGGUAGCCAGCGCCCGCGUGGCGAGGCUGGGGGACGAACCGGCAGGGAGCCCCCAGCCCCAAUGCGCACGGCCCGCGAGGCCGCCGGCAGCCGCCUCUGAGAAGUUGGGGGGCGGCGCCCGGGGAACACCCCACGCCACCGCCGCCGUUGCAAGGGGCUCGGAAACCGGUUUGUUUCGUCCGGCGGCGCGGACCCGUGUCCCGGGGCGUUGGCCGGGGUGGCGCGGGCUGCGGCCCAAUGCCCUUUCCGGACCGCGGUGGGGUGCCUCGGGCUUGCUGAGCCCUGCGUGAAGGCGGCGACCUCCGGACGGUGCCCGCCCACGGCCUGGGUCCUGAGCCUAUCUGUUAAGAUGUCUUAGAAAAAGAACCAUGGAGAAGUAUGUUAGAGUACAGAAGAUUGGAGAAGGUUCAUUCGGAAAAGCCAUUCUUGUUAAAUCUAUAGAAGAUGGCAGACAGUAUGUUAUCAAAGAAAUUAACAUCUCAAGCAUGUCCAGUAAAGAAAGGGAAGAAUCAAGGAGAGAAGUUGCAGUGCUGGCAAACAUGAAGCAUCCAAAUAUUGUCCAGUAUAGAGACUCCUUUGAAGAAAAUGGCUCUCUCUACAUAGUGAUGGAUUACUGUGAAGGAGGGGAUCUGUUUAAACGAAUAAAUGCCCAGAAAGGCGUUUUGUUUCAAGAGGACCAGAUUUUGGACUGGUUUGUACAGAUAUGUUUGGCCCUGAAACAUGUACAUGAUAGAAAAAUUCUUCAUCGAGACAUAAAAUCACAGAACAUAUUUUUAACCAAAGAUGGGACAAUACAACUUGGAGAUUUUGGAAUCGCUAGAGUUCUUAAUAGUACUGUGGAGCUGGUUCGGACUUGCAUAGGGACCCCAUACUACUUGUCACCCGAAAUCUGUGAAAACAAACCAUAUAAUAAUAAAAGUGACAUUUGGGCUCUGGGGUGUGUCCUUUAUGAGAUGUGCACACUUAAACAUGCAUUUGAAGCUGGCAAUAUGAAAAACCUGGUACUGAAGAUCAUAUCUGGAUCUUUUCCACCCGUGUCUUUGCAUUAUUCUUAUGAUCUCCGCAGUUUGCUCUCUCAACUAUUUAAAAGAAAUCCUAGGGAUAGGCCAUCAGUCAACUCCAUAUUGGAGAAAGGCUUUAUAGCCAAACGCAUUGAAAAGUUUCUCUCCCCUCAGCUUAUUGCAGAAGAAUUUUGUCUAAAAACAUUUUCCAGGUUUGGAGCACAGCCUAUACCAGCUAAAAGACCAGGUUCAGGACAAAGCUUGGCUUCUGUUGUGUCUGCUCCAAAAAUUACAAAGCCUGCUGCUAAAUAUGGAGUCCCUUUAACGUAUAAGAAAUAUGGAGAUAAAAAAUUACAUGAAAAGAAACCACUCCAAAAACAUAAACAGGCCCAUCAAAGUCCAGUGAAGAAAGUGAAUCCUGGAGAAGAAAGGAGGAAACUGUUUGAGGAACCAGCAAGGAAGAGAAGGUUGGAAUUGAAUGAAAAAGAAAAGAAACAAAAGGAUCAGAUUAGUUUAAUGAAGGCUGAACAGAUGAAAAGGCAAGAAAAGGAAAGGUUGGAGAAAAUAAAUAGGGCCAGGGAACAAGGAUGGAGAAACGUGCUGAGUGCUGGUGGAAGUGGUGAAAUGAAGGCUCCCCUUUUUGGCAGUGGAGGGGCUGUGGCUCCAUCACCUUUUUCUUCUCGAGGACAGUAUGAACAUUACCACGCCAUUUUUGCUCAAAUGCAGCAACAAAGAGCAGAAGACAAUGAAGCUAAGUGGAAAGGAGAAAUACGUGGCCGAAGGCUUCCAGAAAGGCAGAAGGGGCAGCUGGCUGUGGAAAGAGCAAAGCAGGUGGAAGAGUUUCUACAGCGAAGACGGGAAGCGAGGCAGAACAAGGCUCGGGCUGAGGGGCAUAUGGGCACCCUGCACAACCUGGCAGCUCUGUGCGAAGGCAGGCGCAGCUCUUCACGAGGAGGGAAGCCAAGAAGCAAAGAGGAAGAGGUUUAUCUGGCAAGGCUGAGACAAAUAAGACUGCAGAAUUUCAAUGAGCGCCAACAGAUUAGAGCCAAGCUUCGUGGUGAAAAGAAAGAAGCUGACAGCUCCGAAGGACAGGAAGGAAGUGAGGAGGCUGAUGUGAGGCGUAAGAAAGUGGAAGUGCUGAAGGCCCAGGUGAGCGCCCGUGCGGCUGUGCUGAAGGAGCAGCUAGAACGUAGGAGGAAGGAGGCGUACGAGAGAGAGAAGAAGCUGUGGGAGGAGCAUUUGGUGGCCAAAGGAAUAAAGAACUCUGAUAUGUCUCCACCUUCAGGACAGCAGGAAACAGGUGGCUCUCCAUCAAAGCAACAGAUGAGACCUGUUAUUUCUGUGACUUCUGCUUUGAAAGAAGUGGGUAUGGACAGAAGUUUGACUGAUGCCCAAGAAACCUCAGAAGAAAUGCAAAAGACUAACAGUGCUAUUUCGAGUAAGCGCGAAAUACUACGUAGAUUAAAUCAAAAUCUUAAAGCUCAAGAAGAUGAAAACGGAAAGCAAAGUCACUCUGAAAUGGGUGCAAUAAUUGUUCACGAAGACGCCAAAGAGCAGGAAAAAGAAAAAUCGGUUUCGUCAGAUCGCAAGAAAUGGGAGGCUGGAGGCCACCUGGUGAUUCCCGUGGAUGAAUUGGCACUGGACACAUCCUUCUCUGUGACUGAAAAACAUACAGUGGGAGAGGUUAUUAAAUUAGAUCCCGGUGGAUCUCCAAGAAAAGUCUGGGGAAAAAGUCCUACAGAUUCUGUUCUAAAGAUACUUGGAGAAGCUGAACUACAACUUCAGACAGAACUGUUGGAAAACACAACUAUUAGAAGUGAGAUUUCUCCUCAAGGGGAGGAGUGCAAACCCUUAAUUCCUGGAGAAGAAAAAAUAAAAUGUAUUUCACCUGAAAUGAACCCAUCGGCUACUGUUGAUUCUUCUGUUGAGACAGACAGUACAAACUUUAGUGAGCCAUCUCCACAGAAGGCAUUGAAACCAGAAGGAAAUUUGGAUGAGCCUGAUGACUUGGAAGCAGAAUUUCUGCAGGAGCCAAGUGGAGCAGACGGGGAUGGUGGCUUGCCAUGCCCUGUACUCAACGUGUGGGUUAGUGAGAUUAAAGAAGCAAAGGAGGCUGAGUUGGAAGAUAGGAUCACCAUUGAGCAAAAUGAAGUUUCUGAAGAUGGAGCCCCGAGGAGCAUGGAUCACCUUAGUGAAGUUCAUGUAGAACCUGGAGUGGAUGGUUCUCCACACUCUGAGUGUGAUGUAGAUGAAUCUAUGCAACCAGAACCAUUUUUCCAUAAACACUUGAAAGCAGCCUCUCAAGUCCAGUCAGUCCUCUGUUCACCAGAAGAAUCCUCUCCACUUCGAUCUCACUCUGGUUUACCACCAAGAAAGAAAAAACAGAAUUCCUUGCUGAUUGGACUUUCAACUGGUCUAUUUGAUGCCAACAACCCAAAGAUGUUGAGGACAUGUUCACUUCCAGACCUCUCAAAGCUGUUCAGAACACUGAUGGAUGUCCCCAUUGUUGGAGAUGGAGGUCAGGACAAUCUUGAAAUGGAUGAAAUGGAAGAUGAGCAUGUUAAGGAAGGACCUUCCGACUCUGAGGACAUUGUGUUUGAAGAGGCUGACACAGACUUACAAGAGCUUCAGGCCUCCAUGGAGCAGCUGCUGCGGGAGCAGCCUGGGGAGGACUACAGCGAGGAGGAGGGGUCGGGCCUGAAGACCAGCGACGCGGAGCAGGCCGCCAACGGCACGGACGCGGGCGAUGAGGAGGAGAGCCCUAGCAGCGAGAGCGCGCUCAACGAGGAGUGGCACUCGGAUAACAGUGAUGGUGAGAUAACUAGUGAAUGUGAAUACGACAGUGUCUUUAAUCAUUUAGAGGAACUAAGGCUUCACCUAGAGCAGGAAAUAGGCUUCGAAAAGUUCUUUGAGGCUUACGAGAAAAUAAAAGCUGUUCAUGAAGAUGAAGAUGAAAAUAUUGAGAUUUGUUCAACAAUAGUUCAGAAUCUUUUGGGAAAUGAACAUCAGCAUCUUUAUUCCAAGAUUCUUCAUUUAGUUAUGGCAGAUGGAGCCUAUCAAGAAGAUAAUGAUGAAUAAUCCUCAGAACGUUCUUUAAUCCUCAACGGAAUGAAAGCAUUUAAAUUUUGGCUCAUCAGAAUAACAAGCUUCAGUGGGAAAUAUAACGAUUUUUUAUAAAUGAAAUAUUAGAUUUAAAAUGAGUGUGCUGAUUGCAUGAAAAUGAUGGAGAAACAUGCCAUUUUUCAAUUAAGAUUCUAGUUUUUUAUCUUUUAUUUUGUUUAUUGAGUUCUAUAGUUAUCUCUUACAGAAUAUAUACUUUAUUAAAUGUUCCAACCAAAGUGUAAGACACAGUGAUCCAGACUGGACUUAAUGGCUUUGAAGAAGAUGUACCAUGCAGCAAGGUAAUUUUUACUUUCAGCAAGUGUCUUUAAGUUGAAAGAAUAACUUCUGUUGUGAAAGACCUGCCUUUGCUUUUUCAAUUACGCAUUUAAGCAUGACCCUUUUUUCUGUCUACUUGUUUUCAUGGCCAGCAAUUCUGGAUUAAAUAACCUUGUAAAGGGCUCUAUUUAAAUCUUAACAUUUCGAAGAUGGAACUUUCAGCCUUAAAGUUUAUAUUCUCAGUCCUUUUUCAACCAGUGUCUCCUGAACUAGCUGAGUGGAAACAGGCUAUAAAAACAGUCUUAGAAGUCAUUGAAAAAUUUGAUUAUGAAAGAAUAGCAAAAAUAUAUUUCCUGAUAUCUAAAAAGUUGGUUAAUUACUUUUGUUUCCUUUUGAGGACCAGAACAAGGAACACUAUAACUAAAAAUUAGUCUGUGAAUUUUAACAUUGAUCUAGCAUAUAACAUAAAGUUGCCCUUUUGGUUUUCAGCUUCCUCUCAUGCAUGUGCUUUUUAAUUGAGAUUCAAAAGGAGAAAGGAAUCAUUUUUAUUUUGACAGUGUGACAGUUUUGGUAACUAGUAUUCCAAAGGGGGGAAAUGUUUACCUCUUUCAAUACCAUUAGGAGAAGAUUUUGUUAGGUCAUUAAGACAAUGGUCACACAGCUUCCAUUGCAAUAUGCCAGGUAUUACAUCAUUAGAGAUGUCUGAAGUCCAGAUGCUUUUAGUAAUAAAAGCAGAAUUUUGGAAACUCUGAGAACAAAGAAGCCUUAUUGGCAUUAUCUGUAAUUUGAACAGUAAAAUCAUAUGUUGCAGCACUAUCAGUAGUAUGCUGAAUUAAUUAUGUAUAUUAUUUCUAACAUCC